AUGAAGCCCAAGAAAAUAGCUGCUGGGUUAGCCCAAGCCUCAAGGCCACCGUAUUUAUCUACCCCGAAGAGCAAUGAAGAGAAGAUUGGUCAACAAUGGACCAGACCGAUAGGUCCAUCCGACUUGGAAUCUACUCCGAUCUCGACAAAGCAGAAGUCCGAAACUCGGCAGGACUUACUUGCUUGGCUAGACUUAACGACGGAGGAAGACAAAGUGCUGACCGCUUGGGGGCUCAUACCACAUAGUUUGGAAUGGCAAAAUCCAUAUAGAGAGAAAAAGAAUAUACACCGCAGGAGACUUGGGAUGAUAGGAUUGGAAUCCAUCCAUUGA